AUGCUCGGAGUCGGGCUGAUCGAAAAGGACACAAAUGGAGAAGUUCUGUGGGUGUGGUGUUAUCCUUCCACGACAGCUACGUUAAGGAAUCUGCUGCUGAGGAAAUGCUGCCUCACGGAUGAAAACAGGCUCCUCCGUCCCUUCGUCUUCGGUCAGUACAGAAGAACAUGGUUUUAUAUCACAACAGUUGAAGUUCCAGAUUCUUCAGUUUUGAAAAAGGUGACUCAUUUUUCUAUUGUUCUGACCGCCAAAGAUUUUAACCCAGAGAAAUAUGCCGCCUUCACUAGGAUAUUGUGUAGAAUGUACCUGAAACACGGGAGCCCAGUUAAAAUGAUGGAGAGUUAUAUUGCUGUUCUCACCAAAGGGCUAUGCCAGAGUGAAGAAAACGGCUCUUUCCUUAGCAAGGACUUCGAUGUCCGAAAGGCAUACCUCGCAGGCUCCAUCAAAGACAUUGUAUCUCAGUUUGGAAUGGAAACAGUUAUCUUACACACAGCACUGAUGCUAAAGAAAAGAAUUGUCGUCUACCACCCCAAAAUAGAAGUUGUCCAGGAGUUUACCAGGUAUUCCCUCUAUGUGAUUUCUUCGUACUCCAUCUCUAACACAGGUUACAUCGCCGGAUUUGUAGACUCGGAGGUGAGCAAUAGAGCAGACCUGUAUGAUGUGUUUGUGAAUCUGGCCGACAGUGAGAUUACCAUUGCCCCACUUGCGAAAGAGGCCAUGACAAUGGGCAAACUGCACAAAGAGAUUGGUCAUCUAAUUGUUCAGUCUGCAGAAGAUCCAGAGAAAUCGGACAGCCAAGUUAUACAGGUAACUCCUUACCCCGACGACUUACUCCUGCUGGUGGCCCGUCCAGCUGGACAGGAAGAGUGGCAAAGACGAUUCCCACCAGCGACAGAAAACUUUCUGUACCACCUGGCAGCAGCCGAGCAAAUGCUGAAAAUCUGACUGUCAGGAUGGUAUCACUGAGGACACGAUCACCCACUAACUAUGUAUAAUACUGAAAAUAACAAAGAAAAUGGUAUAUUUUAAUGAUUUAUUUGAAAGUAUUGAGAUUUGACCUGAAAAGCACUGAAACAUAGCAAAACACUUGAUUUUCUCUAUCUGAUUAGUUUCACACCUGUCAUCCAUGUUGGACAAGUGCUGUAACUACCGUAAAUAAGUUAUAAAAUGACCUGAUGGGCUGGAGUGAGAAAAAAGUUCUGUCGAGUUCUCGUGUAAGUCACAGCAGAUCCGAAAGCCUCCGUGAU